AUGACUGCUACCACAGCAGCACCUACCCCCCAGACAACCCCACUGGCUACCUUGGUGGAAGACCCAAUGAAAAGACCUAAGCCCACACUACCUGAUGUAGAGACAAGUGAGAAGGCCCUGCAAGAACUACAAACUCUGCGCCAAGGCAACCGCCCAUUCAACGAGCUGUUAGCAGAUCUUAACCGACUGCUAAUGGAAGCUAGAGGCUAUUCUUGGUCUGAUGAAGUAAAGAAGAACUACCUAGAUGGCGCCCUGAGCUACGAAGUGGAAGGAGCACUCAUAGGUGUCAGGAAGGAAGAGACCUUCGCAGACUAUUGUCGCCAGGUGCACCAUGCCACCUAUGUCCCCGCGCCCCUGGCGAAUCCAGCCCUGGCUGUAACGAACCCCAAUGAUGCUAUGGACUAG